AUGUUCUCCCGGCAAUGCUCCCGCCUGGUCUCGUCCAGGACUGCUAUUCCUCUUACAUCCUACCUUAGCCGUGUUGCCAGACCCUACUCAUCCGCUGCUCCGAUGUACGAACACAUCCUCACUUCGAAUCCUAAGCCUGGCGUUGGGCUGAUCACCCUCAACCGCCCCAAGGCACUCAACGCCCUCUCCAGCCCCCUCUUCAAGGAACUCAACGAUGCCCUAUCUAAAUACGAGGAAGAUAAAGAGAUCGGGGCGGUCGUCAUUACAGGCAGCGAAAAGGCCUUUGCCGCCGGCGCCGACAUCAAGGAAAUGGCCCCGCUGACCUUCUCAACCGCCUACACCAACAACUUCAUCGCCCCUUGGUCGCACCUCGCCAACUCCGUCCGCAAGCCCGUCAUCGCCGCCGUCUCCGGCUACGCCCUGGGCGGCGGCUGCGAGCUCGCCCUCAUGUGCGACAUCAUCUACUGCACCGCCAGCGCCACCUUCGGCCAGCCCGAGAUCAAGCUCGGUGUGAUCCCCGGCGCGGGCGGCUCGCAGCGUCUCACCCGCGCCGUCGGCAAGAGCAAGGCGAUGGAGCUGAUUCUGACGGGGAAGAACUUCAGCGGCAAGGAGGCGGAGCAGUGGGGUGUUGCGGCCAAGGCCGUCGAGGGUGGGCAAGUGGAGCUACUCGCUGAGGCGCUUAAGACCGCGGAGACAAUUGCGGGAUAUAGUCGGGUGAGUGUGCUGGCUGCCAAGGAGGUGGUGAAUAAGAGUCAGGAGCUUUCGCUCAGGGAGGGCGUGGAGUAUGAGAGGCGUUUGUUCCAUGGCUUAUUUGGAAGCAAGGAUCAGAAGAUUGGAAUGACCGCGUUUGCCGAGAAGAAGAAGCCCGAGUGGUCUCACGAGUAG